AACCAAAGUGACACCCAGCUGUACAGUCGUAGGACCAUAUGUACUUGUGUGCAAGGAGGCCAUAUAACCUCGAAAUCCAACAGACAAGAUGUUUCUGAUAGCAACGGGAAUACUCGCCGCCCUUUCCGGCACGAUAUAUUUAGGAAUAAAAAUCUUUGCGCCGUGGCUACGUUACGAUUUGUUCUACCUACGCAAGGCUAUGGCGAGCGUAAAUGAAUUCAAAUCGGCGGCAAAAAGCAAGAAAACAUUGGCAGAUUACUUUGACAGAACCGUCGCCUUGUACCCGAACAAAGUCUUCUUAGUGUUCCAAGAGAAUUCCUACACUUACCGACAGGUCGAGGAGAAAGCUAAUCAGGUAGCACGUGCGGCACUGGAUAUGGGGCUUAAAGUGGGGGACGUGGUGGCCGUAAUGAUGUUCAACCAACCGGAUCUUAUCUGGACUUACAUAGGCCUUCAAAAGAUUGGCGUCCAGCAGGCGUUCAUCAACCAUAACUUACGAUCAAAAUCUUUGGCGCACUGCAUCAACGUGUGCGAGCCCAAAGUGCUCAUAGUAGGCCAAGGGAUAGAUUUACUGGAUGCUGUAGUUGACAUUCAAGAUGACCUCGCAGGAAUUUCAUUUUACUCUUACGACACGUCACUUCCGGCCACGUUCAAGUCGUUUACAGAAGCCUGUUCUUCUAUGUCAACUAAUAAAGUUGACGCAUCAGAAAGGUCCGAGUUGGAUCUCUCCUCUGUCAACUGUUACAUUUUCACGUCUGGCACAACAGGCCUACCAAAACCAGCCAUAGUCACACAUGCAAAAACCCUGAGGGGUGCCUACGUCAUGUGGAUGUUUGACAUAAGUAGCGACGAUAUUCUUUAUGAGCCUUUACCGAUGUACCACUCCGCUGGACUUCUAAUGGGCAUCGGCACAGUCAUAACAAAAGGCGCAACGGUUGUAUUGAGAGAGAGGUUUUCAGCCACACGUUUCUGGGACGACUGUCGGAAACACAACGUGACCAUCAUUCACUAUGUUGGAGAAUUAUUGCGUUACCUGGUAAACACGCCAGAGUCUGCUGACGAUAAGAAACACUGUGUGAAGCAUGCUAUUGGUAACGGUCUUCGACGUGAUGUAUGGGCGGAAUUUCAGCGCCGAUUCGCUGUGCCCAACAUGGUGGAAUUUUACGCCGCCACUGAAAUGCCUGUCGGUUUCAUCAACCUUUUUAACAAAUUCGGCGCCUGUGGAAGGAGUUCACCAUUGCUGAGAAAAAUUGUGCCUUGUACUUUUGUAAAGUAUGAUGUUCACAAGGAUGAACCGAAUCGUGGAGAUGAUGGGCUGUGUAUACCAUGUGGGGCAGAUGAAGUUGGCCUUUUGGUGAUUCCGCUGGGCAAAGAUGUAACAUUUGAGGGUUACAAAAAUCAGAAAGCAGCGAAUGAAAAGAAGCUUCUCAAAAACGUUUUCAAGCAAGGCGACAUCUACGUUAAUGCUGGAGAUCUUCUCUAUGUUGACAAGGAAUAUUUUACUUAUUUCCACGAUAGAGUGGGUGACACAUUUAGGUGGAAAGGCGAGAACGUUUCUACAACAGAGGUAUCAAAUGUCGUGUCGAGUGUGGAUUUUCUGUGUGAUGCUUGUUGUUACGGGGUAUUGAUACCAGGAAAUGAAGGGCGGGCGGGCAUGGUAGCUGUCUGUCACAAAGACUCGGAACGAUCUGCUCUCUCCGAUGAUGAACUCAUGGUAAUUUUGAAUCAAUGCAAGGAACUACUUCCAACAUAUGCCAGACCACGGUUCCUGCGUUUGCAAAAGGAGUUCGAAAUAACGUCAACAUUUAAACAAAGAAAAUCAAACCUUCAAAAAGAGGGAUUUGAUGUUGUUCAUAUUGAUGAACCAAUUUAUUACCUAGACAUCGAAACUGAAAAGUAUCGCCCCAUGACGAAGGACGUAUGCAUAUCUAUCACAAAUGGACGCAUCUCCUUGUGAUUUUUUUUAUUAUA